AGAAAACAAGCUCUGCAAAAUCUACACUCGCCGCGACCAUUUUCCUCGCACUGGUAAGCUCGAUGGAUCUGACGACGACUCGCCAGAGACGCCCACUUCUAUCCGAUUCUUCCUCAUCUUCAACGAAACCAUACUCUAAAACUGACAAACCCGGACGAUCUAACGGUGAGGAUGCAGAGGAUCGCGGUCUCGGGUGGUUCUUGCCUUUUAUAGCUUUAUGUUACCUUCGUUACAUGAGCGCGACUUCAAACAUUAUUCAUGACUGCGACGAAGUGUUUAACUACUGGGAGCCUCUCCAUUAUCUUUUGUACAAGUCUGGGUUUCAAACCUGGGAAUACAGUUCGAACUUUGCUCUUCGUUCCUACUUGUAUAUUCUUUUCCAUGAAUUGGCUGGGCGGCCUGCUUCUUGGUGGUUUGGUGAUGACAAGGUUAGAGUUUUCUAUGCGGUGAGACUCUUUCUGGGACUGGUUUCUGCAGUUUCGGACACUGUCCUGGUUGUUGCACUCUCCAGAAAGUAUGGGAAACGUAUUGCUACUUACGCAGUUGCAAUGCUCUGCUUAACCAGUGGAUGCUUCUUUGCUAGCACCAGUUUCCUCCCGAGUUCGUUCUCUAUGUAUGCAAUGAGUCUCUCAUCUGGUUUAUUACUUUUCGACAAGUAUGCCAUGGCUGUUGCAGUUUCGGUCGUUGGUGUGAUUCUUGGCUGGCCAUUUUCUAUCCUGGCCUUUUUACCUAUCGUUAUUUACGCUUUGGUUAAAAGAUUCAAGCAAUCAUUUAUCUCUGGCGCUGUCACCUCUAUUUUUCUCCUUGGACUCUCAGUAGUAGUGGAUCACUAUUAUUACAAGAGAUGGACAUCUUCAGUUUUGAAUCUAUUGAUAUACAAUGUCUUAGGGGGUGGAGAAAGCCAUCUCUAUGGGACUGAAGGACCGUUGUUUUAUAUAAAAAAUGGUUUUAACAACUUCAACUUGGGUUUUGUUUUGGCUAUUCUGUUCAUCGCACUAUUUCCUCUUAUCAGAAGAAAGUAUGACCGUUGCUUGUUUGUUGUGGUUUCGCCAAUGUAUAUAUGGCUGGCGUUUAUGUCACUACAGCCCCACAAAGAAGAAAGGUUCCUCUAUCCAAUAUACCCUCUUAUAUGUGUUUCUGCUUCUGUUGUUAUUGAAAACAUCCCUGAGCUGUUCCGGGAUAAGUAUAGCACACGCGAAAGUCUUCUGGUGACAAUAACCAAAUACAUCAGACCUGUGAUCCUUGGUCUUAUCUUAUGUGCUUCACAUGCUCGCACAUUUUCUCUGAUUAAUGGCUAUUCCGCUCCCUUAGAGGUCUACAAGCUGCUGGAGCACCAUGAUGAUGCUGGACCAGGUUCCGUUCUGUGUGUGGGAAGCGAAUGGCAUCGAUACCCAUCAUCGUUUUUCGUGCCUGACUACAUAAGCGAAGUAAGAUGGAUCGAUGAUGGAUUCCGAGGUCUUCUUCCAUUCCCAUUUAACAGCACACUUGGAGGCACUGCAGCAUCACCACCAUACUUCAACAACAAGAACCAAGCAUCUGAUGAACAAUUUUUGAAGAAUAUCGAAAGUUGCACAUUCCUCAUUGAGCUGCAGCUUAGCAGACCUUAUGCGUAUCGAGGCAGCGACUUAUCGACAUGGGAGGCUAUAGCCGUGUUACCUUACCUGGACAGAGAGCUAUCGCCAGCGAAGUAUAGAUCGUUCUUCAUCCCUUACAAGUGGCAGGAGAAGAAUGUGUUCGGCAAAUACGUAAUACUUAGAAGAGUCCCAAAAUGAUAUCAAAAUUUUGAAAAACCGAUAGAUAUAACUCGGUUCAUUGGCCAGUUUUGAGUCGAAUGAUAUACUUACUGAUCAGUGUAGUCAUUUUUAACUUUCACGUUUACUUUGUAGUAAAUCUCCAAAGGGUAGGAAGAUCAUGUUGUUUGAUAUUGACACUAGUGUUGCAAUGUCUUUUAUCUUAUCCUUC